GGGCGCGGGCUCGUCACUCGCGCUGUGAAUCGUGAAUGAGGAACUUCUUCGUUUGUCCUACGGACGGAAAUUUUACGAGGCUUUCCAAAUAAUUCUAAGAGAACCCGAAGAAAAUGGCGAAGGCACCCGCGGUCGGUAUCGAUCUUGGCACAACUUACUCCUGCGUUGGCGUCUUCCAACACGGCAAGGUCGAGAUCAUCGCCAACGAUCAGGGCAACCGCACGACGCCCAGCUAUGUGGCCUUCACGGAAACCGAGCGUCUCAUCGGAGACGCCGCCAAGAACCAAGUCGCCAUGAACCCCAACAACACCAUUUUCGAUGCCAAAAGGUUGAUCGGACGUCGCUUCGAGGAUCCGACCGUCCUCGCUGACAUGAAACAUUGGCCCUUCACCGUGAUAAACGAUAGUGGUAAGCCAAAGAUCCAAGUACAGUACAAAGGAGAGACGAAGACUUUCUUCCCCGAAGAAGUGAGUUCGAUGGUCUUAGUAAAAAUGAAGGAGACUGCAGAAGCAUACUUAGGCAAGACUGUCACCAACGCUGUGAUCACCGUCCCCGCUUACUUCAACGACUCGCAGCGUCAGGCAACCAAGGACGCUGGUACCAUCUCGGGCUUGAACGUAUUGCGUAUUAUCAACGAGCCCACUGCCGCCGCGAUUGCAUACGGUCUCGACAAGAAGGCAACCGGCGAGCGAAACGUCCUUAUCUUUGAUCUCGGUGGUGGCACUUUUGAUGUGUCCAUCCUGACCAUCGAAGAUGGUAUCUUCGAGGUCAAGUCCACGGCUGGAGAUACUCAUUUGGGUGGCGAGGACUUCGAUAAUCGCAUGGUCAAUCACUUCGUGCAGGAAUUCAAGCGUAAAUACAAGAAGGAUUUGACUUCGAACAAACGCGCACUUCGUCGUCUGCGCACGGCCUGCGAACGUGCCAAGCGCACCCUGUCGUCCUCCACCCAGGCCAGCAUCGAGAUCGAUUCGUUGUACGAAGGAAUCGAUUUCUACACCUCCAUCACCCGAGCUCGUUUCGAGGAACUCUGCGCCGAUCUCUUCCGUGGUACUCUUGAACCCGUUGAGAAGUCGCUGCGCGACGCCAAGAUGGACAAAGCUCAAAUCCACGAUAUCGUUUUGGUCGGAGGCUCUACGCGAAUUCCCAAGAUUCAGAAGCUUCUGCAGGACUUUUUCAAUGGCAAAGAGCUCAACAAAUCUAUCAAUCCUGAUGAGGCUGUGGCAUACGGUGCGGCAGUACAGGCAGCUAUCUUGCACGGUGAUAAAUCCGAGGAGGUGCAAGACUUACUUUUGCUCGACGUCACUCCGCUCUCUCUGGGUAUUGAGACUGCCGGCGGUGUCAUGACCGCUCUCAUUAAGAGGAAUACCACCAUCCCAACGAAACAGACUCAAACCUUUACAACUUAUGCCGACAAUCAACCUGGCGUGUUGAUUCAAGUGUACGAGGGUGAGCGCGCCAUGACCAAGGAUAACAACCUACUAGGCAAAUUCGAGCUUAGCGGUAUUCCACCAGCACCUCGUGGAGUUCCUCAGAUUGAGGUGACGUUCGACAUCGAUGCGAACGGUAUCCUCAAUGUAUCCGCCGUAGACAAGUCUACUGGCAAGGAGAACAAGAUCACUAUCACCAAUGAUAAGGGUCGACUCAGCAAAGAGGAUAUUGAAAGAAUGGUGAACGAGGCAGAGAAAUACCGCAGUGAGGACGAGAAGCAGAAAGAAACGAUCUCUGCUAAAAAUGGUCUCGAGUCUUACUGCUUCAACAUGAAGAGCACAGUCGAGGAUGAAAAGCUGAAGGACAAGAUCAGCGCGUCAGACAAGCAGACGAUCCUGGACAAGUGCAAUGACAUCAUCAAGUGGCUCGACGCGAAUCAGCUGGCCGACAAAGAGGAAUACGAGCACAAGCAGAAGGAGCUUGAGGGCAUCUGUAACCCCAUCGUUACGAAACUGUACCAGGGUGCUGGUGGUAUGCCCGGUGGCAUGCCAGGUGGUUUCCCUGGAGCUGGUGGUGCCGCUCCCGGUGGAGCACCCAGCAGCGGUGGUGCAUCUGGACCCACCAUUGAGGAAGUCGACUAAAAA